AGCAAUGUCCGAAGAACACACGCAGUACGCAUCGACAAUUCUUGUCUCGAAGCUGCCGGUGGAGACGAGUCAGUACAUCGGCCUCCGCUUUCAGGCCAACAACUUGUUCAACGACGAGCUUAUGAGGUUACUUAGUGAUUUAAAGACCACGGAGGACCGCUACGCGAGUGACUUGCAGAAGUUGCUCAGUCGCGGCUCGGGUAUCAGCACCGCUGCGCGUGCGCGCUUGGGCGUCGCGGAUGACAUGGACGUGGUUGGGCAGGUGGCACCGCUCUGGAACUCAGUUUUGGCUACGCUCGGAGCGAAGGUCGAGACUGCGGAGCACUUUUCCGCGACGUUACACCGCGAUGUGCUCCAUGAAUUGAACAACUUUUCACACCGCGACGCACGCCACAAGGAGACGGGAAAGUUGGUCAACACGCUUGCGACCAUGGCCACGCGUCUCGAGCAGCCGCGAGGGGAGCAUGGCACAAAGGACGAGCGCGACUGGUCCUCCAAGGCUCCGUACAUCUUGGAAAGCUUCGAGAACUACGACCUCAUCCGCUUGAGCGUGUUGCGUGACGUGUUCUUGAAGAUGCAGACCACGUGGGGCGACCAGCUGGGCGCCAUCAUCAAGGCUAGCGAAAAGUCCACCGAGUUGUUGUUGAACUUCGAUCCCCACGACGAAAUCGUGCGCUUCAGCGAGUUGGCUAUCAGUACAUCGCUUUCCGCCAGAGCUCCAAUGGCGUCCCCUACGGCCAACAGCUUUGGUGGUCGCGUUGCGUCGACAUCUAGCAUUGCCACCACCGGAAGCCCCAACAAUCCGAGCCAGUUGAUGAACGGUUUCACCGGUGCGCCCCAGAAGUCCCAGAACAGGCUCAAAUCCAAGGUCGGCUCUAUUUUUAGCAGAAAGAAGAAGGACAAGAAGGGCAGCGCGUUGCAGGAGGUACCGGAGACUGCCCGUGAGCGAAGCGACCCUGUUCCAGCUCUUAGUCGUACCCUGUCCGUCGCUUCCACCAGAAGACAUCAGUCAAGGGAACAGAGCAGCCAGAGAGAGUCAACAAGGGAGAACAGGGACCAGGGCUUCAGAGAGCAAUCCUUGAAGGACCAGAGAGAACCGAACAGAGAGCAAGCUUUGAGGGAACCGGAGCUGCGCCAGAGCUUUGGCAAGGCGUCUUCGGAGAGAGGGAGCUUUGCGCCGUUGCAGCCUACGAUUAAGAUGGUGAACGACCAGAAAGCACUUCCAAACCCGGUACCUGCGCAGCCGCAGCCGACGAUUCUCCCUGUGGAGGAUUCGCAACUGUUCGAGGUCAAGCGCUCCAGUAUUGCCCAAGCGCCGGCCCCACCGCCAGCUAGAAAGAACACUAUCAAGCUGGAUGGCAGCCAUGUCUCUGGAGAUCGUAACGUGGACCAUAGUGUGGACCGUAGUGUCGUUGGUGAGACAAAUGACUUGCGUGACAUUUCAGCGAGCGAAGAAGACACCUCGGUUGGGGAAUUGCCCUCCCGGAUCAACCUCCAGAAACGUAAGGAGAUCCAUUCCACGCUCUUCCACGACCUCCCGGCCGCCAAUCCAACUAACCGCGAUUCUGUCAUGAUUUCGAGACCACCGUCAAUCUCUACGUCCGGGCUUGUCUCCCAGAACACCGGCUCCACUUUGCUCAGCAAGCCGGCGAUGUUCUUGCACAGCACCUUGGACAUUGAGGGGUUGAGCGCGAGCGUCGCAGAGGUUGUUAACGCAUCCUUUAAGGAGGGCGUUCAGGUGAAGGCCCAGACUAUUGGCGAGAUUGCCUUCUGUUACAAGGGUGAGAUACUUCCGCAGUCGCUCAGGUUGCAGUUUGACAACUUUGCGGGGUUGGGCCAGACCUUAGUCAACCCACAGCUCUUGCACCAGGUUUCCGACCACGAGUUCUUGAUAGACCCGGCGCUGAUCCACCUGCGCAGUCUUGGGGCGUUGAAGUACCAGUUGAAGUCGGAUGUUGCGGUGGCACCAGUCGUGGUAUUGCCUGUGUGGCGCUUCGAGGCCCACCAAGCGAGCGUCAUGUUGAUGGUCAAGUUGGCCCCUGAGUUUGCGGCCAAGGUGCCGGAAUCUGGUGUCACUUUGCACAACUUUAUCGUGUCUGUGUCCAUUGCUGGGGCGCCCACCUCCUCCGCUUCCUCUAGACCACAGGGCUCGUUCAAUAAGGAGAAGAGCAGGAUUACCUGGAAGUAUUCCGAGCCUCUCACGUUGUCUGCGACUAAGGAGGAGAGACUUGUCGCGCGCUUCAUGACCGACGGCUUGACCCACGAGGGUGAACAUGGCGUGCAGAUCAAAUUCAGUUUGAGCUCCGAGGACUCCCCAAACAGCUUGGGCGGAAACGUUCAAAUGGCUAGCGCCGUCGUCACGGACCAGGGAGAGACCUCGUUCGCUGUCGUUCCAAGUUACACGUCCGUGUGUGCCGGUAGCUAUAACGGAUUUGCCUAGCUUUCUGGUCAUCCUUUAUAAUUUGAUUUCCAUCUUUGCUUUAUGAUUGUUUAUGUUUGAUUUCCAGCCGGGUUUCCGCCUUUUGUAUUACUCUGUUAUUUUUUUAAAAAAGUAAAAAUUAAUUUCUCC